AUGGUUUUGUCUUUAUUUGUUCUUAUCGGUUGGUUUGUAUGUAUAUUUAUAUGUUAUUAUGUAAUUCGUCCUAUUUCAAAUAAAUUAAUUCGAUUUUUUUUAAUAUUUUUUUUAUGUAUAUUAUUAACUUAUAUAACUUGUAAAAAUCUUCCUCGUUUUUAUGUAUCUUCAUUAAUAAUUGUUGCAUUAUGUUGGUUAAUGUCAAUACGUUUAAUAUCUUUAAUAUUAUUUUCAAAAACAACAUUAUUAACUUAUCAAACAUUUUUAUUAAAAAUUCUUUGGAUUUAUUUACCAAUAUUACCUAAAAAUAAAGUAAAAAAUCAAUGGUCAAUUAUAUAUCAUAUUAUAUUAAUUAUAAUUAAAUUAUUAAUAAAUCAUUGGAUUUAUCGAUGGUUUAUUAAAUGUGGAAUGGAAGUUAGUUAUGAAAGAACAUUUUUGUUUUAUUUAUUUAUAAUGACAAUAUCAUAUAUAUUUGAUAUUGAAAUGAUUAUUAUUCGAAUUUUAACACGAGAUAAAUAUACAAUUGAAUCAUUUACAAAUUUUCCAAUAUUAAGUUUAUCAUUACGAGAAUUUUGGGGUCAAAGAUAUAAUCAUAUUGUUAAUACAAUUUUAAAAGAAUCAAUUUUUGAACCUAUUCGAUUAGAAUUUUCAUCAUCGACUAUUGCAGCAUUGAUAACAUUUAUUAUAAGUGGUCUACUUCAUGUUCAUGCAUGUUUUAUUGCUUUUGAUGAUAAAUCAAUACUUUUUCCAACUUUUAUAUUUUUCUUUUUACAUGGUAUUGCUUGUUCUAUUGAAACAUAUAUGAAAAUUAAACGUCCGGAACAUGCCGGUUGGAUACUAACACAUGCAUUUCUUCUUAUUACAUCACCAUUGAUGAUUCGACCAUUUAUAGAAAAAGGAUGUCCAUUUAUAAUGAUUAAUCCUCCACCAUUAAUCAAUAUUGAAUGGAUACCAAAAUUAUCUCUACCUAAAUUUUGUCCACAAUAA